AUGUGUUGCACUGAAAAUAAUUUCUUUAUUCGUUUUGGGUAUUAUUAUUACAUAAGUGUGCGUGGGCACGGGAGUAUUGAAUGCUCUACAACAGGGGGGUAUGCUUUGCGUAUGUAUGAUCCCUGGUCUGAACGCGCCUGGGGCACAAGGUAUGCUUUUCAGCGUCCUUGCGACCCGCUUCCUUCCCGCGCCGCAACACUCUCCCGUGCCCUCGUUGGUCCAAAGUCGGACACAAGCGCGUGCGGUAUUGCGCAUGCGUUAGACGCGCUCGGGAGAGAACCUUUUCCGCUCUCAAGGUAG